UUAGAUAUUUUACAUCGUAACGUCACAUGGCAACUGGUCUAUCGCAAUUUACAACUCACCAAACAGUUGUCUAAAGCCGAGAUGCCGGGAGGCAAUCGAAAGCCAUGGCCUCAGAAGAAGACUGGCCGUCAUCAUGCAGGCUCAAUACGUUCCCCACACUUUCACCUUGGCGGGUUCGCAAAUGGUGUUCGUGGUCCCCGCACGUGGUUCUAUAUGUUACCGGAUGCAAUUCGAUUGCAAGGUCUUUGCGUAGCUCUGACCAUCAAGCACGUUCAGAAUGAUCUGGUGAUCGUCGAUGAUUUUGCAUCAUUGCCCAAUUCUGAACCGCAGUUCCUUAAUGACUUGGCUGAUACACGCAACUGGGGCUAUUCAGUGCUGUUUGUUACGGACUCAUCUCAGGUGCCGCAGAAUUUAGUGGAUGCAUGCGAAUCGAUCCCAUCGUUUACGAUAAUGCCAAUUUAUGGUCUGAAUUGUUACAAAGAAUUUGCGUAUGCGUCGAUGUAUUGGAAAGAUUGA